UGUGUCCGUGCCUUGGCUCCUCCCGUUCCGCUCCAAAGCACACUUCGCUUGUGACUCACUGAGCUAAUGGCGCCGCCGCCGCUGCCGCCGCCGCAUCUUCUCAUCCCUAAGCCCGAGCCCGACGCGCCCCUCCCCACGCAGCCGCAGCAGAUGCUUCCCAACCCUAAGGCCGAGCCCGACGCGGCGCCGCCCGCUGAUCUUGCCCUGGAGCAUUUCGAUCCCCACCGCCAGCAGCAGCUUGAGCCCUCCCCUGACCCACAACACCGCCUUUGCGCCGCCAAUCUCUACCUCCCACCGGCCGGAAAGGGAUCCCUUCCGCCGCCGCCGCCGCAGUCCGCCAUCGUCGCCUCUGCAUCAUCCACCGGGAAGAAGAGGAACCGGCAGGGCAACCAGAUGAUGCGCGCCUCCACCGCCACGGCCCAGGACUACAUCUACUCCCGCUCUCAAGUCCGCGCCGCGCGCCUCACCUUCGAGGCGCUCCGCGUCCACUUCGCCCGCCACCCGCUCCCCGACGCCCCGCGCAACCGCAUCGACUUGCGCGCCUGCAACGCCAUGCGCGUCCAGGGCCUCUCCCUCUACCGGGAGCCGCGCAUCGUCGGGGCCAUCCCGGGCGUCUCCGUCGGCGACUCCUUCUUCUACCGCGCCGAGCUGUGCGUCGUCGGGCUCCACCGCACCACGCAGUCCGGCAUCUCCUUCGUCCCCGCCGGUCUCGUCCGCGAGGGCCACCCAGUCGCCACAAGCAUCGUGUCCUCCGGCGUCUACCACGACGACCACGACAGCGGCGACGUCCUCGUCUACACCGGCAGCGGCGGCCGCCCGCGCAACCGCGUCGAGCACCAUGAAGACCAGAAGGCCGACAGUGGCGGCAACCUCGCGCUCCACAACAGCUACGUUUACGGCGUCGAGGUACGCGUCAUCCGCUGCCACCCAUGCCAAGCCAGCCCCAGCAGCAAGGUUUAUGUAUACGACGGCCUGUACAAUGUCGUCAGCUCCAGCUAUGGCCCGGGCAAGUCAGGUCCCAGCGUCUGCACCUUCAAGCUCAUGCGUAUCGCUGGCCAGGACCAGCUUGGCAGCAGCACCUGGUGCAUGGCCAAGGAUAUCAAGGACAAGCUUGCAUCCCAGGUCUGCCCACCUGGCUACAUAUCGCUGGACCUAUCAAAUGGCAAGGAGCUGUUCCGUGUCCCUGUCCGCAACAAUGUGGACAAUGUCAGCUCUCCUCUUCACUUUGAGUACAUUACACACCCUGAGUUCCCGUUGCCCCCUAUCCUCGGGCCAGUGAGGCGGCAUAAGGGUUGCCAUUGUCUGGGUGGGACGUGUGGGUCCAAGUGCAGCUGCGCGAGGAAGAACAGUGGAGGUCCUGUGUACAAUGAGGAUGGCACCCUUGUCAGGGGGAGGCGAGUCGUGUAUGAGUGCGGUGGUCUUUGUGAUUGCACCAUGAGCUGCUUGAACCGGGCGACCCAGCGAGGAAUGAAGCAUCAGCUGGAGCUGUUCAGGUCCAAGGAGACGGGGUGGGGUGUCAGGACACUAGACUUGAUACAACCAGGAGCAUUUGUAUGUGAGUUCAGCGGUGAUGUGGUUGCAGCCUGUGAUGCGUCAAUGGAUCAGGGCAGCUUCAUUGAUCCAAGGAGGUUCCCCGAGAGAUGGAAAGAGUGGGGAGAUGCCUCUGCUGUGUUUCCAGACCAGAAGAAGGCCCCAUCCCACCCUUUCCAAGGACCAGACUACGUGCUCGACGUGUCCCAGAGGAGGAACUUUGCAAGCUACAUUAGCCACAGCUCCAUUCCCAACGUGUUUGUCCAGCUUGUUAUCCGGGGCAAUGAAAACUUGUCCUUCCCACACCUGAUGGUGUUUGCCAUGGAUACCAUCCCACCGUUGCGGGAGCUCAGCGUUGACUAUGGUAUUACUCAGUAAAUCAGUGAGAAGUUUGAGUGGAUGUGCGGAAGCUGCAUUGUGAAGCUCGUGGUGGCUUUCAUAGUUUAUCAGUGGACUGUUUUGGUAGUGUUGGUAAGGAAAAUAUAAUGCUUUCCAUUUUGAGGUUUCGUCCCUGAAUUGUGAAACAGAGGGGGAGUGCCUUGCUGUUGCCAUUCGUAUCUGUAGUUGCACAAGUUCAGUUGCUAGCACGUCAUUCUUUUGCUAGUGCUAGCUGUUCUGGUUGUAGCUAGGCUUGCUUGCAGAAAGCAUGCUAGAUCUUUAGCUGUUUCUGGUUCUCCAGUACAAUCACAAACAUGUUUAAAUUCAAGAAUUUAUCUUAUCUUGUAGCCAAGCACCUUUCUCUUUUGCAUCGUCUGUGGAUUUAUUUAAAAUGCGCAAAAGAUAUAUUGAUUGAUUAUCAAGCUUGAUCACU